AUGCAUUUAGAGCGCAUCGAAAAUACUCAGUGGUUUGAGGACAACAGUCAGGAGGACCGUGUACUUCUACCUCACAGAAUAUGUUGGAGAGUCGCGGCUGUCACUGCUCGCCUGUUAUGGAGGAGUCCAGUACCUCCUCAUUAUUGUUUUCCGAGAGGUCAAAUCUUGCCGAGUGUUGUCAACAGUCACGGGCUAUUCACGAGUACAAGGUUGAUUGUGAACAGGUUCAGUACAACACCACCGAACACAGAUGUGAGCUAUGAGGAGCUAAUGCAAAUCGUGCAGGGUCAAAACAAAGCUGUGAUCAUAGAUGUUCGGGAGCCAUGGGAGCUCAGGGAGUAUGGCUCUAUCCCAGGAUCCAUCAACGUGCCCUUGGGUCAGAUAAACACUGCUCUUCGGCUGGAUGCAGACGAGUUCAAGGAGAAGUACGGAGAGGAAAUGCCAUUGCCAACGGACAGCAUAGUGUUCACCUGUUUGGCAGGAGUGCGGAGCAAGACCGCACUGGACACCGCCGUCUCUCUGGGAUACGAGAGUGUUCAACAUUUUCCUGGGGGAUGGCAAGAGUGGAAGACGGUUCAUGAACCAGGCAUCCUCUAUGAGAGUAUAAAACCAGUCCCAAUCAUGAGUCGCAGUCCAGAAAGAAUUUCCUCCUAUCGCCGGCAUUUUGAGGAGGGGGUGAGCUCAUGCUACCAGGUGCGAAUGUCCAGUCCAUCCCCCGUCCGGAGAGCAGGCUCUGCGCGCAUGGAGUCAGCGGGACGUGCCAUGUCCUCUGCCCGCAGGCCCCGUAUGACUGGAACCGGUGUGGGUGGUGGAGCCCUUGUUUGUUUGGGGCCAAAUGGACAGCCUCCAAUGGAUUUGGAUGUAGCUGCCAUUGAAAACCAGGAGUUCAAAGACACCCGCAACAAUGAGAGACAGGAGAUGAUUGUGCUGAAUGACCGACUGGCUGUCUAUAUAGAUAAGGUCCGAUCCCUGGAGCAGCAAAAUAAACUCCUGGAAGCCGAGAUAGAAGCCUAUCAGAACCGCUUUGUGAAGCCAUCUGGUCUGCGACUGAUGUAUGAAGAACAAUUGAGAGAGCUGAAAAAAAUUGCUGACCAAAUGAAAGCUCAAAGGGCCAUUGCUUUUGCAGCCAAGGAUUCCACAGCUGAGCAGCUGGCAGCAAUGAAAGUAAAAUACGAGGAAGCCAUUGAGUUAAGGAGGAAAGCUGAAGCAGAAAUUGAAGCCUUCCGCCCUGAUGUUGAUCAAGCCACCUCCUCACGCAUUGCAUUAGAGAAGAGACUUGAGCAGUUGGAAGUGGAAAUUGAGUUCCUAAAACGUGUUCAUCAACAGGAAAUUGAAGAGCUGAUGAAGCAAAUUUAUGCUGCUCAAGUGUCAGCCGAGACUGCAUUCUCUCUUCCGGAUUUGGCUGGAGCUUUAAAACAAAUCCAGACCCAAUAUGAUGACAUUGCUGCAAAAAAUCUGCAGGAGAUGGAUUCUUGGUAUAAAAAUAAGUUUGAGGAUAUCACCAAAAAGACAUCCCGACAUGUGGAUCAUGUUCGAAGCUUUAGAGAGGGGAUAGGGAGCGCCAAAAAAGAUAUUCAAAAUAAAGAACGUGACUUGGAAGCACUCAAAACCAAAAAUGAAGCUCUUGAAGCCAAAAUUCGUGAGAUGCAAGCAAAGUACAGGGAGGAACUGGAAGCACUGCAGGCCCGAAUUGAGGCUUUGCAGAUUGAGUUAAAAACCACUAAAGAGAAGAUUGCUCUGCACCUUCGCGAGUACCAGGACCUGCUAAAUGCUAAAAUGUCUUUGGAGAUUGAAAUUACAACUUACAGGAAACUGAUUGAGGGAGAGGAUCUGCGUCUGGCUGGCAUGAUGCAAACUUUGUCUCUUUCCGGCUGUAGCAUGAGUGCCAUUGGUUCUGGGAUGAGCUUCGGCGAAGGAGGCAUAGGCGGCGUAGGUGGAACUGGUGGAGGUGUUGGAGUUAGCUAUGGAAGCUAUGGUGGUGGAGCCUUGAUAGGUGGCGGGGCCAGUUCUGGGGCGAGAAUGGGCGUCACAGGUGCUGAGGUGCUGGUUCAUCUGCAGAUACUCAUGUCGGAGGAGUUGGUGUAUUUAUCUCUGGAGCUAGGGCCGCAGUUUCUGAGCAUUGAGCCCUAUGCCGAGCAGGCUGUGGAGGUGACAGAGAGAAGGACAGUUCUUAUUAGAACAGUUAAGCAUGCCAAUGAAGUGCUGGAGAUGGAUCAUCAGGAACAGACCUACACCAUCAGCGGUGCAGCCGACUCUGACAAUGAAUAA